CUUCACUUUACUUCAAAUCCACCCAAAUACAUCUUCCCUUGAUUAAAACUCCACCCAAUAGUCUUCAUCUUCUUUCUCUCUCUCUUCCUCUCUCUAUCUUAUUACCGUUGACUUUGUAAAAUAUUUGAAUCCCCAAAUAACCAACCCAUUUGGCCAUAUUUCCAAUAUGUAAAGAAAUCAAACCAAUUAAUCUAAUGAUGAUGAUGGUCAGCUUCUUCAAUCCCAAGCCCUGAUGUUUUACUCUGUCAUAAUUAGGAGAGAUGAACUCCACAACAGGUGACUAUGGUGGUGGUUUCUUUGGCUCUAAAGACAUUGGUGGCUUCGGUUAUGGCAUUGGAGUUUCAGUUGGAAUUCUUUUGCUCAUUACAAGCAUCACUCUCGCUUCUUACUUCUGCACCCGUUCCCAACAGCAACACCAGCAGCAGCAUCAGCUGCAGUCAGCCAUGUCUGGACCCGGCGGCCAUGGCGCCGAAGGUGGGAGGAACCGCCGGCCCCAGCACCUGCCUCAUGACUUGCAUAGCUUUGUUGUUGAUAUUGGAUUAGAUGAUGCCACUAUUAGGAGCUACCCCAAGUUACCCUACUCUGAGGCUAAGCUCAAGAAAACCAAUUCAACUUCCUCAUGUUGUUCCAUAUGUUUGGCUGAUUAUAAGGCCACUGACAUGCUAAGGCAGCUGCCUGAUUGUACCCACCUCUUUCAUGUCAAGUGUGUGGAUCCUUGGCUGAGGCUGCAUCCCACCUGUCCGGUAUGCCGGACCUCGCCGAUCCCAACUCCCCUGUCUACUCCCCUGGCUGAGGUGGUUCCUUUGGCAACAAGGAGAGGCUGAUCUGGAUCUUAAAGAUUUGAAAAGAGAAGAGAGAAGCAAUAUGGUUUUUUAUUCAAUUUAGCUUCUUUUUUCUUUUCGGAUCUGUCUUGAGAAAAUUGGACCUCUCACAUAUUGAUACAGCUCAAUUUCACAUAGUAAUGUUUCUUCAGAUUCCUUUUCCCUUUGUAGUUCAGGAUUAGAUUUACAUGUUUGUAUAUUGCAAAAUGUUUGGAGUAACUUUGAAAAGUUUAUGCAUCUUGUAAAGAAAGAACAUUAUUUUCUCUAGCAGAACCUGGCAAACCAGUACAUAAACUCUGGCAUUUAACAUAAAAGGACUGUGUCAAUAUGAGGGAGCUUCAGCUGUAGUGGAUCAAUGAAACUCUUCAUAAAAAAAUAUUCUUUGUUGUGU